GUCAGGUGACUCGUGGAAGAUGGCCGCGUUGACAGCGGAGGGUUUUGCCGCGCUCCAGAGCCUGCUGAAGGCCUCCUCAAAAGAUGUUGUCAGACAGCUGUGCCAAGAGAGCUUUCCCAGUUCAGCCCUUGGCUCAGAAAAACUCUUGGAUAUGACAUGCUCCAGCUUGUCUGUGACCCAGGAGGAAGCAGAGCAACUGCUCCAAGCUCUGCACCGCCUCACCAGGCUGGCGGUGUUCCGUGACCUGUCCUCUGCCGAGGCGAUCCUGGCUCUCUUUCCUGAAAAUUUCCACCAGAACCUCAAAAACCUGCUGACGAAAAUCAUCCUAGAACAUGUCUCUACUUGGCGAACUGAAGCCCAAGCAAAUCAGAUCUCGCUGCCGCGCCUGGUCGACCUGGACUGGAGAGUGGAUGUCAAGACCUCCUCUGACAGCAUCAGCCGCAUGGCCGUCCCCACCUGCCUGCUCCAGAUGAAGAUCCAGGAAGAUCCUAGUCUGUGUGGAGACAAGCCCUCCAUCUCGGCUGUCACCGUGGAGCUGAGUAAGGAGACGCUGGACACUAUGCUCGACGGCCUGGGCCGCAUCCGUGACCAGCUUUCCGCGGUGGCCAACAAAUAACCCCAGCCAGCUGUUGGCCCCGCUGCCGGGCCCCAACUGCCGGCCAGAGGUGGGGCGCCUCCCAGCGCACGGGCUGCCCCAGAGCAGCAGCUGCGCCAUUGUCGACAGGCCGGGGGGUGGGGACCAGGAGGGGGCUGCCAUCUGGAAGGACAGCUGGAUUGGCAGGAAGCGGCCGUGCCCCCACGCUGUUCUCCUCACUCGUCAUCCUUUCCUCUCUGAAGCUGGUGAGCAGAAGCCUCCAUCUCUAGAAGACUUCAUCACCACCGUGAGGGGGCAUCUGCUUCAUCAGCCGCCUCUGCCUGGCAGAUUGGAACGCUCAGGCCCACAUUGUGGGGCUCCUCUAGGAAGUGCCUUUCCUGCAUUAGGUCUGAUUAGUCCGUUUCCAGCCCUGAACACAGGGAGGCAAUCAAGCGGGUGAUGCCAGCGGUUGCGGCUUCUCUGUCAGGAGCCGGGCAGAUCCUACGGAGCAGGGCCACUGCGGUGUGGUCCACCCCGACCUAUGGCCAGAGCCCUCCCGAGCCACCUCAACCCUGCCCGACCUCCUUCCAGCACUGGGAGUCUGGGAUGGGCGCUAAUUUCCUCCCUCCUGAAGCCAGAGGGCCCUUCCUUGGUGUAAUGCAGCCAUUUCAGGGAAAGAAGUGGGAGUAACUGGAAAUAAAUACCAGUUCUAAAACCUUCA